GCGAGCGAGCGAGCGAGUGAGCAGGGUCACGGCUGUACCGGGGUCACGGGUGUGGCGGGGAGUGGUGCCCCGCUGCGGGGUUUGUGGUGUGUUUUGUUUGUUAAUUUUUGUCCUCUGUUUAGGAAUGCUCUCUAGAUGAGACAACGGACAGCUGGCAUCUGAUUGAAUAAUACCUGUUGAAAUGCUGCCAAGAAACAGUUUUGCCGUGAAAGGAUUCCUCCCGCGGCGCUUUCACCGGGGAAGGGCCGCUCGGCGGCUCUCGCUCCCGUUCCUUGCCCGUUCCCGGCCGCUGGCGGCAGCUGCACUCCCUGUGCCAUCCCUGGGGCUAGCGGCCUCCCUGAUGUCAUACCCGCGGCUGCUGUGGCUGGGGAAGCCUGUUACCAGCCUUAUAAAAGGUCACCAGCGAGGUCUCUAAGCGGUGUCGCUGGAGCGUGGCACCCAAAGACGCCAAAGUCUGGAGGUUUGCUCUUCGGAGCAUUCCAUGCACGGGCGUUGCCGAACAGGGAGCUGCACGAGGGAGAAGGAGGACACACGCGAGAGAUUCGAUUCAUUUCGCCUUUCCCGGCUUCCCUGUUGCCUUCUGGAGCGCGUUCUCCCACAGAGUCACCUGCAGGCAGAGCAAACCGCAGCACCGGGACUGAAUCAUCCAUAAACAAAUGAUCGUGAUAAAGCCAAAGUCGAUAACUCCACUGUUUGGGGAACUGAAAGCCCUGCACUGCAGUCAGUGAGCAGUGAAUCCUAUGUGCCCCUUGGGGAAAAGGCUUGCUAGAGGCUAGAAAUGCCUCACAGGAGCUCGGAGCCAGGAAAACAACAGUUAUUGGAAAUCUACGUAAGAAACAAGCUGAAAUACAAGGUGUACUGCACGUUCUCUAGAAGAGAUAAUGUAAGAAUGUCAUUUUGGUAUCCUUAAACAAGCUCCAAACUUAGAAUCAAUGGAAUUGCUCUAAGUGGCUUUUAACAAGGAAGAACAUCAUAAAUACUUUCAAAGGAAACCAGUUUUGUCUAUGCAUAGAGAAAUAACAACUUGUGAAUUAUAUGACUUAUAUCAUGGUUUGUCUUUUUUAUUUUUUUCCCCUACAAGAUAAUUAUACUUAGAAGUUCUGUGUUUGGAAAUCUGAUCCUUUUUGCUGCAUCCCCACUGGUGUCUGAAUGGGUUCCUUGUUGGUUUUGUGAGCACUAUAAGAAAACAGGUGUGCUUCCUGGGUGUCCAACUGAGGAAGACCUAAGGCUUACUGCUGUUCUCCCUCUCUCCUCUACAGCUGUCUUGGUUUCUACUGGAGAGAGACCUUGCAGCUGGGUGGGAAUCAAAGCACAGUUCCAUAGGUUUUGUAUCUGGGUGAUCAGGAGCAGGUGCUGUGUGUACACAGUGAAGUGUAUUUGCUCCAUACUUUAGGUCUUGCCUCUGAAAACUAAUCUUGAAGGUUUUGUCGGAAAAUGAACUCCAUCUCAGCCAGAUCCAAUACAGGAAUAUAUGUGUUAAUCGGCUAGUCGGAGAAGGAAAAGGACCACUAAAAACACGUAUUUGGAUAUAUUUGGGCGAAGCUGGGUGUGCCACUGCUCCCCGCUCUCCGUGUUGCUGAGCUAUAGUAUGUGGUUGCUGUAGCAGAAAAAGGCAGCAGCUAGUCAGGGAAGAAUGCCAGAGGGUCACAGCACUGUGGCUGACACAUCUUUGCGAAGCAGCUCGCUCUCCUUGCUGCCCUCAUUCCCCGGUGGCUCAGGAGCGCUGGGCAGAGCGAAGCCGGCGGAGGCUCCGCUCCGUGCGGCGGGCAGAGCGCCGAUUUCCCGCGGCCUCGGGAAGGAGCCGCCCCGCAAUCUGCGGGACUCGCCCACCCUUUCGGUUUCGCUUCCGCCGGGCCGGGCGGUGCUGCGGGAAACGAAACUCCGUGUCACGCCGGGCUGGGCUGCACCACUCCGGCUGCUGGAGCUGCUGGAGCCCCCGCGGGUCCUGGAGCAUCUGCCGCCGCUCGCAGAAUCUGUUUGAGAGUGCGUCAGAAUGGAUCUUAAGUGUAUGGAGAAGAUCAACCAUCACUGUCAAAUAAAUAAACUUACACUGCGUUAUCAAACUGAUGGGAUGACCGGCCCAUCUCAUGAUCCUGAGUUCACAGUUGUGGUCAAACUAAAUGAUGUGGAGUAUGGUAGAGGCACUGGUAAAAGUAAGAAAGAAGCAAAAAGAGCAGCAGCAAAGAAAACAUGGGAAAUGAUUGAGAAACAGAUGCAGAGUCCUUCAAGUAUGGAUGCUGCAGCAUUAGCGACAACUCAAAGAGUCUCAUCACCUGAACCAGACAGAGACUAUGUCAGCCUACUAAAUAUCAUUUCACAAAGGCUUCGGCUACAAGUUGAUUAUCCUGAAAGAACUCGUACUGGAGAUGCCCAUGCUCCCAUAUUAUUUUGUAGCUGUACAAUUAGUGGUCAGGUGUACGGAAGGGGCAUUGGACCAACUCUAGCUGCUGCAAAACAAGCUGCUGCAAAACAAGCACUUGAGAAGUGGGAAGCUGAAAAAUCUAAUGGCAAUUCUAUACUUAGCCAACAUAGUGAUUCCUCUCAAGUGCCAACUCAACUGGAUUCGAAUCCACUAUUUUUCAAUAAAAGCAGUAUUUCCUUUGAAGACUCAACUCCAAAGUUGGUAGAAAAAAUGAAAGACAUGGGAGUAUGUGAAAAGCUUUCACCUUCUGAGCAAAGUGCAGAGAGUUCUGCCCUGAAGGCCAAAAGAAAAUUGGCAGCUAAUUUUCCUAAUGUAAGAAAAGAGGUGGACAUGAACACCAGAGCCAUCAGUGUUGAUAAUGUAUUUCUUAAUCAGUUUGAAAAUAUAGAGCCUAUUGGUGAAGGUGGUUUUGGGAAUGUUUUCAAGGCAAGAUCAAAGUGCGAUAAGAUAACCUAUGCAAUCAAACGAGUUGAAUUCACAAAGAAUGUAAGCCGUGAAGCAGAAGGACUUGCAAGACUUACACAUGAAAACAUAGUGCGGUAUCAUUGGAGCUGGACAGGACACGACCGUAUAUCUAAUUCAGCUGCAAGCUCAAAUUCAGACAAAACAAUUCUCUGUCUUUUCAUCCAAAUGGAAUUCUGUGAAAAAGGGACCUUGGAAAAGUGGAUUAUGGAGAACAGAGAAGACAAACACUAUCAUGAAAUGGCACAAAACAAAUUUUUACAAAUAAUGAAAGGAGUGGAAUAUAUUCAUUCUGAAAAGUUAAUUCAUCGAGACCUCAAGCCUCCGAAUAUAUUCAUAUCACAUGAUGAUAAAAUAAAAAUAGGUGACUUUGGUCUUGUGACUUUUGCGGCAUAUGAGACUCUGACUGAGAACACAGGAACAAAAUCAUAUAUGGCACCAGAACAGUUCAGUGACAGAUACGGAAAGGAAGUGGAUAUUUAUGCACUGGGAUUAAUUUGGUUUGAAAUUCUUUCAGCAUUCACUAAUCAUGAGAAAAGUGAGGUAUGGCCUUCUGUUAGAAAAGGUGAUCUUCCAGCGAGUUUCACCAAAAAAUUUCCACCAAAGGCAUCCAUAAUCAAAGAGAUGCUUUCAAAAGAUCCUUUCAAGAGACCCUCUGCAUCUCGAAUACUUGAUCUUGUUAAGUCCAUUGAUAAAGAGAAGUCACGUGGAAAUUAUACUUAUUAAAUGCCCUUUUAAAAGGCUUUCAGACUCUG